UUUCUUUUCGACAACAUGGAUGGGAAAUUGAAGCAGGGGGGUCGCAGGGCCAAGCGGGAGAGGGUGCGGAGGUUGCGGGAGGCAGGAAGCAGAGACAGCCCCAACUCCUCCUGCUCUGACCGGGAGGGAGGACUCAGUCCGGGGAGGGACGCCGCCUCCCGGCCCGGUAAGAAGGCGCCGCGCCCCGCAGCCGCCGCCAGAGCCCCGCGGCCCCCCCGCAGGAAGAGACGGGAGUCCAGCUCGCAGGAGGAGGACAUCAUUGAUGGAUUUGCUAUCACCAGCUUCAUCAGCCUGGACCGUCUGGAGAAGAAAGUCGGAGUUGUGAAGACACAGGAGAAGAAGGAGCGGUGGAAGGAGAAAAAGGUGGCGAAGCGGCAGAAGAAGGAUGACAAGGAGGAGGUGGUGGAGGAGGAAGAGGAGAAUGUGCAGCCGGUCGAAGAUCCUCUGGAGAAAGGCUUCCUCCAUCACGCCCAGCGGGAGGCGGAGAGGAUGACGGAGCGGCUGCUGAAGAGGACGUACUCCAAGAAGAACAAGAUGAUCAAGCCUUUAAUGCUACGUCCGGUCAAAGUGAUCGAAGACGAGGCGGUGAAGGAGCUGAGCCGACCGCACAGGAGCAACUCCAAGGAGCAGCUCAUCGAGAGCUCCCCUCACUCGCUGUCAGGCCGCGGCUACUCGGUGCAGCCAGCAGCAGUGGCCCUCCUCAAGUGUGACAGCGAGAUUGACAUUGAUGACAAGGUGUCUGAUGUAGGAUCGGAGAAGCUCUUUUCCCCCACCACACCCAAAGGUGUGCCGACGAAUGAGUGUCCGGAGUCGAAGCCUUGCAGCGCAGCCAAAGUCUCGGGGCUCCAGCGCAGCCAGGAGCAGAGCAUCAGAGCGGGUCCCUUCACCCCCCCGGUGCCCAGUCCCACCCCCGCCUCGGCGCCCACGGGCUCCCCGGCCGCGGCCGCCCCAGAGCCCCCUAGGUCGUUCCUGCCCAGCCCGCCUCCUCUCAGCGCCAAGAGGGAGCUCCAAGCUCCGCCCCCUCUCCCCACCCCCCCCCUGCUGAGGGCACCACCCCACCCUCAGCUCCACCCUCAGUCUCACCCACACUUUCACCAGGACCCCCGGGUUCUGCCGCCCCCGCAGCACCAUGCACGGCCGAUAAUCAGCCAGGUGCACCACCCGCUGCAGUACAGCAGCCUGCACGACCUCAGCCACAGCAGCAGUCCGUUGGGUCUCCCCCAGCAGCACCUGCCCCCCCAACCUCACCACCACGUCAGCGGGCUCCCCUCCUCCGCCUCCGCCCUGCCUCUUUCUAUAGCGAACCUCUCUACCUCGCACUAUUCCUCCCUACGGAGCCCAGCCCAUCGCCAUCCGGCCAUGUUUGCAACCCCAGCCUCACUUCCGCCACCAACCCUACCGACCAACAGCUUAGUGCCCGGCCACCCCGCCGGCACCCCCUACCCAGAGCGUGACCUCCUGAGGCAGGAGCUGAACAACCGCUUCCUGGUUCAGAGUUCAGAGCGGGGCCGGGGGCCGUCCGCCUCUCCGCUGGCCCCCGCGUCGCUCCUGAGGGCCGAGUUUCACCAACAUCAGCACAUGCACCAGCACCAACACACCCACCAGCACACCUUCACGCCCUUUCCCGCCAGUCUGCCCCCGGCCGCCAUCCUCACCCCGCCCACCGCACCCCCCAUGGUGCGUACGCAAGCCAGAAAUUUCGACAAAUACACCCCCAAACUGGACAAUCCAUUCAUCAGACAUUCAAACGUGAUUCUUCCCUCCUACCCCCCCACCAUGCCAGGCAUGCCCCCGCUGCUCCCACACUCAGGACCCUUCAGCUCGCUGCAAGGAGCCUUCCAGCCCAAGUCAUCUAAUCCAAUUGACGUUGGGGGACGUCCUGGAGCAGUACCUCACACACUCCUUCAGAAGGAUCCACGGAUAUCAGAUCCAUACAGGACAUCCGUCAGGAAACCUGGCAAGUGGUGCGCAGUGCAUGUCCAGAUCGCAUGGCAGAUCUACCACCACCAGCAGAAAAUGAAGCAAAUGCAGCUGGAUCCUCACAAACUUGACAUGAAUGGGAAGUUGGACCUGUUCAGUCGCCCCCCAGCUCCUGGAGUCUUCCCAGGGUUUCCAUACCCUCACGACCUGGCACGACCCCUCUUCUCUUCCUCAGGCCCAGGCCACCCCGCCCCCUCUCCUUACGGCCAUGUCCCCCACCCCAGCGGCUUCCUGCCUCCUAGCCAUUUGGCAGGUAAGUAUCCUUUCAGUCGCUCCAGUUCCUAUGGCGGCCUCGGCAACCUUUCAACCAGUGCCUUCGGAGGAUUAGGCAACCCCUCGCCUGGGUCCAACAACAUGUUUGGCACUAAAGAGGGGCCAGGAGGAAUGCCCACGUUCGGCAGCCCCCACCACGACACCUGGAACAGACUUCGACGCACACCGCCAUCUUUCCCCACCCCGCCACAGUGGCCCAAAAGUGCCGAUGCAGAGAGGAGCAACUCGGCCAACAGCCACGAGAGAGAGAGGGAGAGGGAACGGGAGAGAGAGAGAGAAAGGGAGAGGGAACGUGAGAAGAGAGACUCGUCUGUCGGGAAAGAGGAGAAGGAUAAAGACAGGGAUUCUGUGGACCGUAAUCGCCACUCCAACCGUUCGUCUCCGGCCUCGGCGCCGGUCAGCUACCAGAUCAGCAACCUGAUCCGCUCCAACAGCCAGAACUCCUGUGACUCGGGUCGACAUCACAGCGGCAGCGUGGACCGGGUCCGUGAGGCGGAGAAGGAGCUGCUGGAGCGCCACAGAGAGUCUUCCUCGCAGGGCGACGUGAAGGUGAAGGAGAGCCGCUCGCCGGGCAAGGAAAUGCUGGAGAGGAGAUCUUCAGAGGACUCCAUCAAACCCACUCAACGAUCUCCGUCCCCUUACUCAAAGGCGGUGAUCAACGAGCAGGGCAUGAAGAUGGCAGGUGGGCCCCCGCCUACGCUCAAGGACAGCGACAGGAAGGAGCCCCCGAUAGAGCUCCUCCACAAGGUGAAAAAUGACAUGAAGAUUAAGGAGGAGAGGAAGGAGGAGCAGGAGGUCGUGGUGGUGAGUUCUGAGCCUGCACCUCAACCACAACCGCAAACUCUUCCUCCUCAAAUGGGCCAGUCUAUGAACCCUCACCACCACCACCCGCCGUUAUCCCACCAGGCCCCUCUCCCCUUACAUCGAGGCAGUGACAUUCCAGUUCAAGGCAUGCACGGCGUCCCCAUGGCUCACUCGCUGCCUCUCUCAAUGGGGGGCAUGCCUCAGAUGGGCAGCCUUAAUGUGCUAGAUCGGGCUCGUAUGGCUCCCUUUAUGGGUGUGAGCCCUAUGGCGGGAAGGGAACGCCUCCCGCACCAGUCCUUCCCAUGGGACCCGCUCCGAGAGGCGUACCGCAGCCUGGACCUGCAGCGGCGCAUGGACUUCCAGCUCAGGGCGGAGCAGGGACACCGCUUCCCCAGCAUGUACGAGCAGGAGCGAGCAUACCGCGAGAGGGAGGCGCACGACUACUCCCACCACGAGCACCUGUUGGAGGUACGGCGAGAGCACGAGAGGAUGAGGCAGCAGGUGGAGGAGCGAGAGCGCAUCCAUCUGAGGGAGGAGCUGGACAGAGCGCGCCUCCAUCAGUUGCACCAGUCCCCCAUGGAGGGCCAUCUACCCCACAUGGCCCCUUUUAUGCCCCACCUAGGCGGCAUGCCCUACCCUAGACUCAGCCCCUCCACGGGACACAACGGCCCCAUGAACAGGACACCCCCUACAGCCGCUUUAAGCGCACCUCCACCUCUUGUGCCAGCUGGUAGUGCCAGGCCAGUCUCACCUAGGAGGACUACCCCCCUCACCUCCACCCAGGACCCCCGGGACUACUCCCCGUCUCGCAACCCCAAAGAGGUAGAGGCCCGGUAGCUUCUUAGAAAGUCUUUCAGCCCCCUAAUCUGAACUCCGAUAGUGAACAAAAUGCACUGCUCUUCACCAGGAGAGAGCAAACCUCCCUAAGGGAAAAGGUAUGAUUGUACAAAGUAAAGGUGUGUAAGGCUGAUUAAGCACAUGCCAUGACUUUAUUUUUAACGGACUGGAGGUCGAACAAUGUCGGUAAAGAGAACAUAAAUAUGUGUAUGUUUAUAUCCGGCUUAAAUAUUUGAUAAUUAUUAAUAUAUUAAUCAAAUACCUUUUUUCAGCUUUGUGCGAAAAGAGAGGUCCUGAAAUGAGUUUGUACAUUUCCUAUCCUUGUUCCAUGUAUAGAUAUCAUUUCUAUGAAUUGUAUGUAUUUUGUGCAUUACGCCUUUUACAAUAUUUAUCCCAGUUGAUUGUGAGACAUAUCCAUUAUGACCCACUGUAAAGACUGGAUUUCAUUUCAACUUUCAGUAAUUUAACCUCAUGGUACCAGGAUAUCCUCAAUGAUGAAAAUGUACAAAGUUACAUUACGGAUUUUUGUUUUGUUCAAUUGUUUUGCCUUUGAGAUAUGCAGAUAAAUAUAUAUUAUGAGGUCUUUGUUCAGUCUCUGUAAAGAAAACUGAUGUAAAUAACCUGUUGAUAUUUCUUCGCUGCAAAAUGACCGUGUACAUUUAUUAGUCUUUUUAACCAUUUCUAGAAAAAUGAAAUGAAAUGAAACAUGGGGGAUCACGUCCCUGUUGGAUAUCAUGGAAACAGACAAGCCUGGCCAAUGGGUGUUUGACUGGAGGGUGUUGUAAGGGGGCCUAGAAGGAUCAUCUGCUAUCUAUGCAAAGCAGCACACAGCACCCUUAUGAACCCGGACGGAGCGGACGAUACUGGUGAUACGAGAGACACUUGGAUUAACACAUGUUUAUAGAAAAUGAUGGAAUUAUGAAAAGACUUCCAAGUCAAAAACUGGACCAGCCCCGGACAGAAAAGAAGGACACUUUUUCGAGUGGGCGGCAAAACGGACUUUCUCUGUCAACCUUGUGGUGUUGUGCAGUUGUUUUUCUUAGACUCUUGUAUACAAAACAAGUAGAGUUUUAGGCGUGCAAAAAAAUGAAAAUGAACAUUCUUGGUUUAAAAUGUACGGAAUAAAGUUUGGACCUAAUGUCAUA